AUGAACGAGUUGCUAGGCGCACUCGCCGUUCCCGGCGACGUGUUGACGCCAGACGUCAGCCACAUUGAGCGCGACGUUGUGGCGAAGAGUGAUCACCUCGGGGAGUGUCCGAGUGUGUGUGCAUGCGUGUGGGCAGACAAGCAUCCAGUCGGCGGCUAUCGACUGACACGCAACACUCUCGCGCAACGUUCGCCCUCACACGCAUGUCUAGACGCGGUCGUCGUCUUCUCCAGCGUUCUCACAGACGAGCCACCGCGUAACCCAGCAGCAGACGAUGGCCACCGUCACACAGGAUGCAGCCCACAACGUAGACCCUCUUCUCUAUCGUCUACCAGAGUUCCCCUCAGGUAUCGAUUCCUCUACGAUCAGUCGAUAACUGCCAUCCGGAAUCGAUUUGCCAUGCUUUCAGCCAUACCUAUAGCGCCGACUCCAGCAAUGAGUCCUUGUGAUUCCGAGGGAAUCGCUGCCUGGAUCACCAUUAGCGGGUCAGUAAUUCUAUGACA